AUGGCAGAAGAUCUCAUCAACCUGAAGCAGAAGGACUUGACUGUAGUUCAGCAUGAAGCUCAAUUUAGUAAACUGACAAGGUUUGUGCCACCGUGGGUGGACAGUGAUGUGUUCGUUGCUCGGAUGUUUGAAGGGGGACUGAGGCCUCAAAUUAAGGCAUUGGUGAUGCCUUUUGAACUGAAGACAUACAGGGAUAUUGCGAUAAAAGCUUCUUUUGUUGAGAAAUGCCUCCUCAAGGUAGACAGGGAUGGAUACGAUGUACAAAAGAAGAGGCAUGCUAUUGAGGUGCCCCAGCGAGAACAGGAUUCAUAUAGUCCGGAGGGAAGGGAUUCCAAGUACUUGCGCCUGCAGAUGGAAAGAGACUCAAUCAAUUUGAAACAGAAUAACUCAACAGUGGCUGAAUACGACCUUCCCUGGUAGCAGAUGAGGUGAUCCGUGCAUUUAGGUUCGAGGAGGGAUUGAAGCCUCUGAUCAAAUUUCUUGUGGUCCCAUUUGAGCUGAAAACUUUCAGUGCUGUGGUGAAAAAGGCUAAGCUGGUAGAGUGAGUUCUCGAGGAGGAAGGUGGACAUGGACAGAUUUGAAUCUGCUUGACCAGGAGUUCCUUCACCCCCCGCCCCUUUUCUUUUUUUGCCCUUCAAUCACAACUUGGGAUGCUCGUGGCGUAAAGAAAUGUAUAGGGAGUUAGGGACAUUGUGAAUGGCAUGGCUCUUCUUUUUGCUUUCAUUUUUGCCUUGUUAUCAGGACUCGGGAUCCUAAAGAAUGCAGGAUUGUCUGUUUCGAAAGGUUCAUGAAAACCUAGUGGAAAGACUACAAAGAAACCGUAAAUGGAGACUAGCUUUU